AUGGAUGCUCCUGGUCUCUCAGAACACCCGCACCAGGACAUAAACGAACAGGAGCUGGACUUUUCAGAUCUGUUUCUAUGUCAUCAUGAUGAUGACCUCCAUGGCCUCCUCCCAAACUCACACCCCCCGAUGUUGGAGGUGGACUGUCCCAGUAUACGCCACUACUCCUCACCACCAGAACCCGGUCAGGACCCCACUGCUGCCCACCGAACACACCAGGAACCCACUGCUGACCUCCACACACAUUUCAUUUCACCCGGCCUCUCCUCCCGCUCCAGCCUCAUCCCAGCCCCAAGUCCUAGGAUCGAGAUUACGCCUUCUGGAGACUCGCUCAGCUCUCACCCGCACACCCAGCCCCAGGGCCCCACAGCUCUAGGAGUGUACAGAGAGUGCUCCAGUCCAGGCAGCAGUAACUCGUCUACAGGGUGGCCCUCUGAAAACUGCUCCCCCCUGGUCUCCCCCUGUGCCUCUCCAUGCAACAGCGGAGGCUACAGCUUAUCAGCUCUGGAUCUCUGCCCGGGACUUCGGGCAUUCCACACAUCCUCCACACACUCUACUCCAGGUGGGUCGCCCCACAGCAAUGUCCCGUAUGAGACCUUCCUCCUGCCCCACCAGCCCACUGUCCCCACAAAGCUGAGCCAGCCGCACCAGCGCUCCCGCUCCCUCUCUCCACAGGGAAAGCGAUCCUACCACCAACUCCACUCGUGUACCGGACCCACGCCGGCCAAACAACGCUCACGGAGCCCGAGCCCCAGCCCUGUCCCGUCUCCGAAUGAGCCGCAGAGGUCUCAUUACCUCCACCAACACCACAGCCCCACCCCUGUGCUGAGCGGCCUGUUGAGCGGCCUAAAUGCAGCGGGGAAAGUGCAGCAGCCGGAGAAGGACGUUAGAGCUGAGGUCACGUCUGAGGCCUUCUAUAUUAUACCAAAUGUGUGGCCUGCUCCCACUCAUCAUGGAGCUUUUAGUGUGUCCAUGGCUGCCCUGCCCUCUCUGGAGUGGCAGCUGCCCUCUGAGGUGGGUCAGUACAAGUUGCAGAUUCAGCAGCAGCCCAGAGCCUUCCAUCGAGCGCACUAUGAGACCGAGGGGAGCAGGGGGGCAGUGAAGACGGCCAGCGGAGGACAUCCACAAGUGCAGCUCUUGGGGUACCAUGGCUCCUCUUCGCUCCGCCUGCAGGUUUUCAUUGGAACUGCAGACGAGCGGCAGAUGAAGCCUCACUCUUUCUACCAGGUUCACAGAGUCACAGGGAAGACGGCCUCCAGCAGCCGCUGUGAGGAGAGCGCGGUCUACGGGACCAAAGUACUAGAAAUCCCACUGGAGCCCAAGAAUAACAUGAGAGUGAUGUGA